AACGUUUCCGAUGAUGUCGACGCACUUCCGGUGAUACACAAGUAAAUAAAUCUGACAACGUGUAGAUAGAAGAAACUGACAAAAUUUGUAUUAAUGUGACUACUUUGUACAAAUAAUUUAAAUCAAUUACAUACUAUAGUGUGGUGUGUGUAAUUUCAAGAUAUAUUUAAAUUCGAUCUCAGCACACCGGUGAAGCCACGUCUAUCUCAACUGGAAGGAAGUGGAAGAAGACACAGUUCGCCAAAAAAAUAGUAAUAUAAGAAGAUCAUAAGUGUCAAUUCAAUUUUAGUAAAUCUAAAAUAAUAGAUCUACCCCUCCGAAACUAAUACUCAUGAAGAGUAUGACUAGUAAUAUCUGACAUUUAACCUUUCAUUGAUGAAAAGUAGAAUCCUUCUUUACCAGUACCAGUGUAUGGUCGUACAACUUAAUAAUUUCGAUUUUUAUAAUUAAUUUGAUUUUGAAUAAGAAUUCCAUACCCAAGUAGGAUUUGUAUUAUCAUUUCAAGGAAACAUUUUGUUUUACUUUUCAAACUUAUUCUUUCAUUCUAAUUGUUACAUUGACCUGAUAUAAUCAAAUAUGAUGUUACCAACAUUAAAAAACAUUUGCUCGUAUAUGUGUGUGAUAUUGACAAUAUGGACAGUACUAUCAUCAGUUGUUGAAGCAGUGGAAUCAAAAAAUGCAGAUUCGGACUCGCAUGAAGACAUUUCUGAUGUUGGUGAUAUUAUACAUGGAAUCCGAACGAGGAAAGGAAAUCUGGGAUUCAUCCAUGCCUUCAUUGCAUCCUUAUCUGUUAUUAUUGUAUCAGAACUGGGGGAUAAAACAUUUUUUAUCGCAGCCAUUAUGGCAAUGCGUCAUUCCAGAGUGACCAUUCUUGUUGCAGCUCUUGGUGCCUUAGGUGUAAUGACAGUUUUAUCAGCACUGCUUGGCUAUGCUACUACAGUUAUACCUAGAAAAUAUACAUAUUAUGCAUCUUCCAUACUGUUUGCUAUAUUUGGUCUAAAAAUGUUAAAGGAAGGAUGGAGUAUGUCAGCAGAUGAAGGACAAGAAGAAUAUGAAGAGGUUCAAGCUGAUUUAAGAAAAAAAGAAGAAGAGAGAGAAAGACAGAAUACACCAGUACAAGAUAUGGAAUCUGGUAUCAUACGUACACCGGGUAGAAGUUUUUUUAGUGGUAUAUUAUCAACAGUAUUCUUACAGGCGUUUAUCAUGACUUUUAUAGCUGAAUGGGGUGAUAGAUCACAAAUAACUACUAUUAUACUAGGAGCUAGAGAGGAUGUAUAUGGUGUAAUAUUAGGUGGUAUUUUAGGCCAUUUCUUAUGCACUGGUUUAGCUGUUGUUGGAGGAAGAAUGGUUGCUCAAAAAAUCUCUGUUAGGACAGUCACAUUAAUAGGAGGUGUUGUUUUCCUUAUCUUUGCUUUAUCGGCAUUUGUGAUUGGUCCUGGUGAAUAACACCUAUAUUUAUAGAUAUAUUAAUCAUGGUAUAAGUGUAUUAAAUGUAUAUAAUCUACACUGGACUAGAUUGCCUCAAUUUUGUAUGACACUUUCAUAAUGGCCAGUUUUUUAAGGAAAGCUUUAUUGUACCAUACCUUUAUGGAAAGUAAUUUAGGAUUAAAGGGCCAUGAGACUAUAAGCUAGCUAUCUCCAAAAUGGAUUAAAUUGAAAGUCUAUAGUGUUCCUUCUAUUGUGUUACAAUACUGAGAAGUAAAUGAUAUAUUCAUAAUCCUAUACCAUAAUUUGUAGAAUUCCUUUGUUUAUAUCUAGAAAUGGGUUAAAGGCAGAAGACUUCUGGUAGUAUUUUGGUAUUUGUAGAUAAUUUUUAGCAAGUGCUUACUGGCGAAGAAUUCCAGUUAUGUGAUGUUUACCAAAUAGCUAUUUAUAUGGUGAUAUCUCAACAAGUAACUAAUUUCUACAAUUUUAGCAAAUUAUCCCUUUAAAGGUAAAGAUAAAACGGUUUGAAUCCAUGUAUAUUGGACCUCCAGCCUUCUAAUCCUUUAAUACCAUAGAAAGUUUUAAGUAGAUUCUGUUUUAAUAAUAAUUAGAAUGUAGGGUUAGAGACUGAUGUAACAAAUAUUUCCUCACACAAUUGUGAAUUUAUUUUUCAAAUAUGUCCUACUCUCAAAUCAUUUUUCAAAGUUUAAAUUGAAUGAUGUUUUGUUGAAAACACUAAUACAUGGAUUUUUCUAUAGUUUCUGUAGUCUUAUUUGAAUGGCAGUCUGAAAAACACUCUGAAUGUAGUGUUAUAUGAAUGGCCGUCAGAAACACGAUCUGGAAUUAAUGGGUUAUAUCCAAUAUUGAAGUUUUAUUUAUAUUAGAUUUCAUAGUUUACAAUAAAAUAGAAUAAAAGGUGACCUAGACCUUGAUGUUAUAUCUCUUACAUUUAGGAUAUGUAUUUAAACUUGACAAUUCACUGCCCAACAAAACACUAAAUAAAAAACAAUAGAACACUUGAAUAAAAUGUCAGGGUGAAUGACAAUGUCCUUUAUUCUAGUAUAACAAGACAAUAUAAUAAUACCUGAAAUAAAAGGUAAUAUAGAACAAUGUAUGAUGAAUUUAUUUUUUUAUUUUUACUAAAUGUAUAUGAUAAUAAUCUGUAUUAUAAUUAUGGAGGAAUAUAUAAAAUAUGGUAAUAAAUGUGGUUAUGGAGUAGUAUGUGUUAAUAUGUUGAAAAUCAUAUGUAUAAUAUUGUUUUCUUAAGAAAAGUAUUACGGUGAAAGCAGCGACCCCAGAUUUCCCAGGGUAAAGUAUUGGUUAUGUUGAUUGGUUAAUCAUCUUAUUUUCAGAAUUACAUCUCAAAAUAUAAAUUUACUCCUCAAACAUUUGACUCGAUGAAGAUAUUGUUGGUAUGUCACUUGUAGUCAUGUUUUCUACAGAAACAAAUAUAGGGUCCAGUAAUCAUGGUUCAAUAAUUAUACACACAUUAAAACUUUCAUAUUGUUACAUUUGAUAAAUUAACCAGCUAUAUUCACUAUAUCUAACAGUUCUAUUCACUAAACUUUCAUAUUGUUGUAUUUGAUAAAGAGAAAGAGAUUAACCAGCUUUAUUCACUAAACUUAUGAGAUGACCCUUGACAUAGAUCUGUAAUUGAAUAUUAUACUGCUGAGCAUAUAUGACUAUUGUUUUAAAAUUAUUUGACAAGUGAACAAUUUGUUAUUAUAAUGAUUUCAUCCUCAAUUAACUUACACUUUAAAUAUAUAUGAUGAAUGAGUAUGUGUGAAUAUGUUUUAUAUGUAUAAACAAAGUAUAACUUAUACAAAUAAAUCAUAAUGAAUGUGUUUCCUUUAGAGAUGUAUCGGUUUAAUUUUAAAUAAAUUUAUUCUUGUAUGAGGGGGAACAAAAUACACAUAAUUUUCAUGUAUGGAAUUACACAAAUGCAAGUGGAUAUGUUGUUUACAUUUUGUAUGUAUGUGUUAAGAGUUUAUAUGUGUGUUUUUUGUAUUAUAUACAUAUACCUUAUAUUAGAAUGUUCACAUGAAACGUCAUUAGAAUAAACAAUUUAAACAGUUAAUUUAACAUACAAUCAGUAAUGAAGUAAUUACUUUCAUGUCUCAAUACUAUACAUUAUUUAGGCUAUUAAUGAUGUUAGAUUUAUUUCUCCUCACCGCAUCACAUCAGUUUAAUAUUGGCGGUGACACAGUUGACUUUAACUUCACACAACCCACAAUAUAUCCUAUUCCAUGUGGGAAUUUAUAUUAGUCAGAUAAAGGGAUAGGAAGAUGGAAUUUAUAAUUUUGCCCAUCAUGAUAUUUAUUCAUGUUUAUAAUCAAAACUAUAGUUUAGAAUGACAAAGAGUACUGUAAGUAGGUUUAUUUAUAUUUAGCAUCAGUUGUCAGGCUAGAUAAUUUAAUUAAAACAUUAAAUAAUGCAAAUUGUAUCCUGUAUUUUUAGAUUUAAAUAAUUAACAUUUGUACAUAAAUUAAUUGUUUAUCUAGUUUCAGAAAUUACCUCUCUAUAUGUAUAAAUAUAGAUAUUGAUGUAAAUAAAUGUGAAGUAUUUAUAGAUUAUAUUAUUGGCGUUAUAUUUUAUUUUCACAUUAUUAUAUUACAUAAAAACACGUUUUAUUUCUAUAUACAACAGGUGAAAGAUUGUUUAUUACAUACUGACAGCUAGGUCAAUAGUAGAUAAAACUACUAUGGAUUAUUGUGACUGAAAUUAAAUUACAAAUAAAAUUUGUCCCCAAUUCCAAAUGGCUUUUAAUUAGUUUAUUUUAGAUUAGUUUUUAGGAAAUACAUCAAAUGCUUUUGUUAAUAACAUUUGUAUUGUAAUUUGUUUUUAAAACAAGACUUUGUUGAGUUAAAUACAAUCUGAUUAAAACACAGAUCCUAUUUCGUUUCAUUUUUUAUAGUUCAAAAUUUCCUUUUACUUGUCUGUACUACACUAGGAUCUGGAAGAGAUGUUAUAUAAACGGCGUUCUGGAUUAGCCAACAAAACCAUCUGUUACAGCGACUUUUUGGCGUGCGAUGCAUGGAACUGUGGGUAAACAACUAGAAACGUCAACACUGAUUGAUUAAUAAAUGUCUGACGUCAUAGGGUCAAAAGCCGUUCAUUCGACCUAUUGGCGCAACCUUUACUACAACCGGUCAGAUCUUCAUGUAGUGUAGGCCAUCAAAAUUAUAAAAAAAUGAAACGAAAUAUAGAUCUGUAUUUUAAUCAGAUUGAGUUAAAUACAAAUAUUGUAAAUAUAUUAAAUUCUUGAAUUUCGGUCUUUCAUUUAAAGGCACUACAAGCCAUAUUGUUGACAUACAUAUCAAAAUAUAAAAGUAUGUACAAAUUUACAUAAUCUAGAUAUUAUGUAAUUAAGCAUUACAAAUAUAAAACACCCCCACGAAGAAUGGUCUGGCUUGUAAGAAAAUCACAGAAAAUUAUUACUAUUUUUGGUACAUUUGUCUAAAGACAGGUUAAAAAUGGUGGUAUGAAAUUAAUAGAAACAAAAGUCAACUUAAGAAGUCCAUAGAGUUAUUAUUGAUUGGUCAGAAUAAAUUUUUGGACCAAAAUACUUUAAAUAAAAGUACUUUUGAUUCUAUAUGUAUAAUUAACCUUUAGUCAAGCCUGUUGGGUAAUCGGAUGGUUAGGUUUACAGCAAUCAAGUCAAAUCUGUUAGUGUAUUUAUUAUUAUAGACCUACUGUUAAAAUGUAUACAGCUAAAAUACACUUGUCUGCAAUAUCACCUGAGAGGAAGCCGAGGUAAAAUAAAGUUGGUUUAAAAUAUGCAACCGUUACUAUGUACAUGGUUAUAAUUUAAAAACAACUCUACUAUAAAAUAUGAAUUUAUUAUAUCUAAGUAUGUUUCUUGUGGGGAGGGGAGGGGGGGAUUUUCAUAAAGAUCUAGGUUGUAAAUUUUGUACAUUCCAAAACUAUGUCAAUUUAUAUCUUUGGUGUAAAAUACCCCUGUGAAUUAUGUAAG